AUGGCAGGUUUUGAUGCGUCCUGGACCAGUGAUGAGUUGGCCAAGAACCUGUGUGACCUCCUCGUGAAGAAGGGGCAACUCAAGGAGAAACCGGCCUUCAUUCGGUCCGAUCGUGAGGCGAAGAUCGCCCAGAUUUUUGGGGACAUUGGGCUGGAUGGCGCCAAGCUUGGCACCUAUGACAAUCCUGGCCCAUUGGAAAUGCUUGUGCGCAAGAGCACCAACGGCGAAACAUGGGUCCAACACGUGCUGGAUGGCUUGAUCAGUAUGAUGCCAGAGGACGUGGCAAAAGCGACCAAAACGAUGACCAUGGAUGAGGCGGCCAAGGAAGAGUUGGCUGCUGCCAAAGAAAAGUCAGCCCAACGCCGCGAGCGCAUGCACGACGAUAAAGACGGUGGCGAGAAGGAAGAGCGACCCAAGGGAAAAGGAAAAGGUGACCGUGGAGAUCGCGGGGAGCGUGGAGAUCGCGGGGAGCGUGGCGAGCGUGGCGAGCGUGGCGAGCGUGGCGAGCGUGGCGAACGUGGAUUUGAUCGUGGCGAGCGUGGAUUUGAUCGUGGCGAGCGUGUAUUUGAUCGUAAUGGUGGUGGAGGCGGCGGUGGUGGUGGUGGUGGUGGCCGUUUUGACCGUGACGACCGUCCCCCCCGAGAUGGAGGCUUCCGGGACCGUGGCGAUGGAGAGGAGCGUCGUGAUGGAGGCCGCCGUCAGGAGAACAUGGAAUGCUACAAUUGCGGUCAGCUGGGCCAUAGCUCGCGCGAUUGCCCUGAGCCACGCAAGGAGAAAGGAAAGGGCCGUGGCAAGGGCUAUAAGAACCGAGAAGAGCAACAAUGCUUCAACUGCAAGCAGUUCGGCCACCGCUCGCGUGACUGCCCUGAACCACCAGAUGAGGAGCUCGUGCGUCAGCGAUUGGCAGCAAAAGCAGAGAAGGAGAAACAGUCUCGCGGCGACUAG